AUGUUACUUCGAAAACGAUUCUUCAAGAAUCUUUGCAUUCGAUAUCGAAUCAUCAUUGGUCUAUUCUUAUUCGGAUGGAUUCUUUUUUCUAUUUAUCAUUCAAGAAGAAGAUAUUCAUCACAAAUCUCUCGUGAACAUUUUCUUAAAAAUACUUUUUGUGGAAAAUUAAUCAAUGGAAAUUGGCAAAAUACAAUUGAAGAAAAUCAAAUCAACGAAAUUAAUAAAUAUUUACGAGAGAAAUUACAAAUUUGGGAGAACUUUAAUGAAAAUAUCUCUUGUAAAGAUUUUCUUCGAAAAUAUUCGUUGAAAAAGUCAUUUGUAGAUGAAAAUGAAAGAGAAAAUCCUAUGGCAUUUACAAUUCUUAUUUAUAAAAAUUUUUAUCAAUUUCAAAUUCUAAUUGAAACUUUAUAUAUUCAAACAAAUUUCUAUUGUAUUCAUAUCGAUUUAAAAGCAUCGAAACAAAUCUAUGAAUUUGCUCGAAUAUUAUCAAAUUGUCUGGAAAAUGUUUUUCUUUUAAAUCAAAGAUUUAACAUUUCAUGGGGAACAUUUUCUAUUCUACAAGUUGAAAGACUUUGUCAACAAAUUUUAAUUGAAAGAUCUUCGAAAUGGUUUUAUUAUAUGACAAUUGCAGGAAGUGAACUUCCAAUUGAAACAAAUCGAAAUCGAUUAGAAAUUCUUCAGUUGAUCAAUGAUAAAACUCGAGUUGACAUCAGUUCAAUUCCCCAAUACAAAAAUCGACAAAGAUCAAAAGUUUUUCCACCACCGAAUAAUGUGACGAUUUAUAAAGGAGAAUUUCAUACAAUUUUAACACGAAAAUUUCUUAAUGAAAUUCUUCAUGAUAAUUUUUCAAAUGAAAUCUUUUUUUAUUUAAAUGAAACAUCAGUUCCAGAUGAACAUUUUUAUUCAACAUUAAUUCAAUUGAAACAUUUAUCAUCAUUUCAAUCUCGAACAAGUCAAUUUUAUCCUUAUUAUGAACUUUUAUCUCAUCAUAAACAUUGGAAAGGACAACCUUUUACAAAAUGUCAAUCACAAAUUUAUUUCGAAGGAAUUUGUCAAUUUAAUUAUAAAGAUCUUUUCUUUAUUCAACAAAGUCACAAAUUAUUUUUAAAUAAAUUUAAUCAAGAUUUGGAUUUAAUUUCUAUUUUUUGUUGGAACAAAUGGUUAAAUGUUAAACAAAAUCAUCAUGUCACUGUUAAUAUUCAUCAUUAUUUAAAUCAAUUUCCAUUUACAACAAUUAAUUCAACAUUUAACUCAACAUUUGAUGAAGAUUUUCAAAAGAUGAUUAAAUAUUUAUAUAGAGAAUAA